UGUUCUUUAUUGCCAGCAUAGCUUAUUUCCAAAUGAGGAUAGUUCUCGCAUCGGCUCAUUUCAUUUUCCUAAUGUAGCUUAGUGCUAGCUAUGACGAAACCAGAAGCCUUUUUUGUUUACACUUUCAGUUUAUUGCAGAGUGUAGGCCAUUUUGCUAAUGAUAAGACGUGUAUUCGCUUAAUUUUAGAAUAAUACGCAUUGAGUCUAGCGUAUAGGCGCAGGCCGAUAAUGUAGCCUAUUUUAUGCGCAGUGAGAAAAGUAAAAUAACAUGUUUAGCUAGCGAGUCGUUAGCUGGCGUUACAGUGUCUGUACAUAAUGUACUGUAUGUGGCCUGUGUUUUAAACGACUGUCAUGCGUUAGAUAACGCGGUUUUUUAAAUCCAAAUCUUUUGAAUAUGUGUGCUCAUUGUCCUUAAAAUUGUGCCGCAGGUACAGUUUGCAGCGACAUAAGAGUAAAAUGAUGCGUGGGGUGGGCAGCAGCGAUUACUGUAUGAGCGGCAGAGCCUCCUGCUUGGGUGAAGACAGUGCGCACCAUGCCAGCAGCCACUAUGACCUGUGCACCUCACAGUCCAACAAGUUCUACCCUCCUCCUGCCCCACCUCCCCCCCUUCAGCUUUCCCUCCCACCACUGCCCCCACUACCGCAGAACCCCCUUAAAUCCAUGUCAUGCCAGAGGCAAGAUUCCCGCAGCGAGCUGCACCCCCAGUCUGUCGUGGGCAAGAACCCUGAGCAGCCAGAGGACUCCAAGAAAAAGAAAGUUCCGGGGCGAUCAGGGAGGAGGGGCCGGCCCGCAGGGACCACCAAGUUGGCGGGCUACAGAACCAGCACAGGCCGGCCACUUGGGACUACCAAAGCGGCAGGCUUCAAAACCAGCCCCGGGAGGCCCCUGGGCACCACCAAGGCGGCGGGAUACAAGGUGAGCCCCGGAAGACCCCCUGGCAGCAUCAAGAACCUCUCGCGCCUCAAUAAACUGGGCUUCGGCACCUGCAGCGGGGCGGCCUUCCCCUACACCGCCGUACCGAAAAUGGGGCCCUGUGAGGCCGCAGCCCCCGAGGAGAAGGACCCCAACCAGAGUAAUGAUGCCCUUGGAGAAGAGCGGUGCUUUUGUAAUGUUUUUAAAUCAUUACUGAAAAAUACAGUCAUCUGAAUACUCACAUUAUUUCACUGUUAAUGGUCCAGUUUUCUUGCGCCUACAGUCCUGUGGCAUCACUUUUGAGUGCAAUAUUCUGUCUGGUGUACAUUAUUUCUUUUCUUGUCUUUCAAGCAAAUAUUCUUAUUGUUGAAAGCUUUGUACAUUAAUAUGGGCUUUCGCCUCAAAGAACUCUUUUAACAAUCUUUCUUAUUUGUUGUUUUGUUUCGUCUUUGUAAAGGGUUAACAGAUUUGUGAAUGAUAAACACUGUAGAAUGAGAUCAUUUUAAAAAAUCCUCAUUGAAAAUUUAACACCAGUAAUCUGUGAACGUCUAGUUUUCACAGUGUAGUUGGCUCUCAACCAAAGAAUCCGGUCUUACCUCCCUUUCCCAUGCCUUGCUGUUCUACGCAUGGUGGUCAGGAGAGGGUUGUCGAAAUAGCUGGACAAACCCUUUAGCUCACACAGUACAUUACUUUUCUUAAAGGGUUAACAAAUCUUUUUUUUUUUCUGUGAUCUUGAGCAUUUCUUCUUAUUUAUAUAAUUAAUCCACACAGUAUUGUUAAAAACGUUUAAGGCACCUGUACAGUUUUUAGUCAUCUUGAGCUUUUAAAAAUUCUGACAUGGAAUCAUUGACAUGAACCCCUGUGAUGUGGAAAAGUAGUGUCCAUCUUAUUUUUGCUUUUCUGUUGAGCUGCCUUUUCUGUGCUUGUAAUUAGCAGUGUCAUUCUUGAUACAUACAGAAUGCAUAUACGCAUAUAUAUUUUUAUUAAUAUUUGUCAGCAAUCUUAAAGAAGGAUGGACUCUGUCUUCAGCCUGACAUUAUGAACUACAAACUGCUAUAUUUUAAUUUGAUUUAUUUCUGUGUUUCUUCCUUAACUGAUGAUACUGAACACCUACUGUUCUGUUGUUAGCAGUGUGGACAUUAACCAUUUGUCAAUAUCUUAUAAAACCAGUUAUGCUUUGUCAUUCACAAAGGUAUAACUGCUUAUCACAUAUAUAGUAUAUUGAUAAUCAUAUGUUUUGUAAAAGGUAUAUGAGUUUACAGAAGUAGGUACAAGUUGUAAUAAUCUACAUAACAUUUAACAUUUACACCUGGGGUUAAAUACACAAUAGCCAAAAAAGUAGACAUUCCUGCUAUACUUUCACUUUUAGGAAGGUAGGCUCUUUUGUGGUGUUACAAUGUGGUGUACACAGCUGGUCAGGGACGGCCUGUUGACAGUCAGUAACAUUUCAAAACAUUUUUUUACAGUUGGUAAUAAAGAAUCUAAUCCCAUGUUUCAACACACAAAACUGAAGCAUAAAUAAGCGUCAGUGCAUGUGGGCAGAGCUUAAAUUGAUUUUAUUGGCAGUGAGUUGAAAGUAAUGUUUCUGCAGAAACAUUGGAAGUCAUGCUGUGAAAAUUAUGUGAUGAUAUUUGCAAGACUAUGUACUUUUUAAAUGUUUGAACAAUGUCCUUUUUUCAUAUUUGUAACAAUCCUUGCAGUAGCCACUGUGCACCACCAGUUUCAGUUCCUUUCUUCCAUUUAUGUUUUGUCUUUCCUGAACAGACACGUAGCCUGAACAUUUAACUCACUCUUUGUGUCACUGAUGGGAUGUAGUUUGAAAUGAGGCCCGGUCAUCGCAAUGGUCUAAUAACACAGUUCACAUUUAAAAAUAUUUUUUUGUUUCUUUUUUUGUGCAUGACUGUAAAAUGUGUAGAGAAGUUGUGUAAUAAACUUUACAUGGACAUAUAGA